GAAGAAGAUGUAGAGCGCUGCUGGAAGAUUCUGGAAGUCUCUUGUUUGACCCACGGAGUCAUAAAGACGAGAAGGGAUUUCGCCAUAUUUCACGACUAGAUUAACCUGUUCGGGGCAACUAUGGUGAAAGAGACUGGAUUUUACGAUAUGCUGGGUGUGAAGCCUAAUGCCAGCCCUGAAGAGCUGAAGAAGGCUUAUCGUAAACUGGCAUUGAAAUAUCACCCAGAUAAAAAUCCAACAGAGGGGGAAAGGUUCAAACAGAUCUCCCAAGCAUACGAGGUUUUGUCAGAUGCCAAGAAGAGAGAAGUGUAUGACAGAGGGGGUGAGAAGGCAAUUAAGGAGGGAGGAAAUGGAGGUCCAAGUUUUGGCUCCCCCAUGGACAUUUUUGACUUGUUCUUUGGAGGAGGGGGACGCAUGCACAGGGAGAGUAGAGGUAAGUACAUAUCUUUCUUAGCUACAGACUCCACCUUGUAA